AUGCUCGAAGAUAUAUCCGGCGCUGGCAUGAGCAGUAAUCUGAAUGUGGGCAACUCCAAUGCAUCACCACCCCAUCCGCCUUCUCGUGCGAUGCCGGGUGAUAAAGCACGCAUGAAGAAAUGGGCACCAAAGACGUUCAACGGAUGUCUUACCUGCAAGCGAAGACGGAUAAAGUGCGACGAGGGCAAACCAUCCUGCCAGAGAUGUAUCAAAUCAAACCUCAAAUGUAAUGGAUAUGCCGCACCAAAGAUCAAGCUAUUUGAUCCGAAUGCCUCAUCAACAGCUUCAAGCUCAACGCCACCGCCCGCGACAAGCCAAGCCCUCGUGUCUGGACAGAAACCUGCUUCACUUGACGACAGUGAAUGGCAUUCGACUUCGCUAACCCAUCCUCAUCCUCAAGAGCUCGCGCUUGUUCCUAGAUUCGGCACGCAGGAGGAAUCACAAAGCUUCCAGUUCUUCCUCGAAAAAACCUCCGACCUGAUCUCAGUAUACUCGCAGCCAUAUCUAUGGACGGUGCUCCUGCCUCAAGCUACAUGGCAUCAACCCUCUAUCAAGCACUCACUCGUCGCACUUGCUUCGCUACACCGAUACCUCACCACGGUCGGCCCUGCCUCACAACGAGCAAACCAUAACUUUGUGUUCCACUACAACAGUGCCAUCCGCGCCUUGGUGGCUGACAGACCGUCCAUUGAUGUUGUGCUCGCGGCAUGUGUCAUCUUCUGGGCGCUGGAGAAUUUCAAUGGAGGUGGCCAAGUGGCCAUCGACCAUAUGCAGGCCGCGCUCAAGAUCUUGGGGGAGUGGAAAAGCAAACACCGACCCAAUGACCCCUCCAAAGACUUCAUCAUCAGAUACAUCGAACCAACAAUUCGAGACGGAGUUAAAUUCGCCUCGAAAUGUCGUGUCGAGGAACUGGCUAGCCAGAUGAGCGCACUGUCCCUGACAACACGCGAUGUGAGGAUCAUGAAUAUGGAAUACCCUGAAUUCAAUAGCCUGGAGGAUGCAGGCAACUACUUGAACGACUGUAUUGGGGACAUUCUCGCGCUUAAAGAUCAGGCUACGGCAUUAGUCAGUCCAGGUCCUCGCCUCAUCGAACAGGUAGAAGGGCUCGACGCCCGCCUCUACAAGUGGAUGAAUCUGUUCCAGAGCCUCACGGCCACUGGACCUGUAUAUACCCGACGCAUGCUCGUUGUGCAUAAUGUCGCUGCAAACAUACUGCUGGACCAACUCAAGACACGAACGCAAUAUGAUAAUACAGGCGACGAAGUGGAGCAGGAGGAGCCGCGUCGCUGUCGAUUUAAUUUCACCGUCCUUGAAGUUGAGGAUAUUCUAAGAUACGACCCACUAGCCACAGUUGAGACACGAAGGAAGAAACCACCGAGUCUGGGAUUCAUUCCGCCUAUAUUCCUGGUAGCGACCACGGCGCCGAAACCUGAGACUAGGACAAGAGCGAUGAACGUGCUGAGACUGUUGAACGUGACCGAGGGUCCGUGGAAUGCAGAUCAUGCGGCGCAAAUAGCGGGACGGAUGCUGGAGAUCGCAGACGAGUGUGCGAUUCCCCCUUCGGCAGUCGAGUUGCGCCAUCUCCAUUUUGGUUUUGACCCAGACCAAAAGGUGCUGAGUAUGCGAUGGGCACCGGAAGACCCGGCGAUGCUGAAUGUAAGCAUGAUCAAGCAGAUCGAUGCUCAUAACAUGAACUGGAGCGAACUGACCGCUAUACCUGAGUUGAUCAAGAGAUUCGGCUAUCAGUUACCACCUUCUACGGCCAGGACACCCCCUUCUGAAUGUUGA